UUAUCACUGAAAAUGGUGUUUCGAUUAUCGUGUAAUCGUUUCGCAUUCGAAAAUCGAGUGUUUAUGAAUCAUAUUACUGUGUUUAGUUAGUUUACGUGGUAUUGUUGCAUCGCCUGCGUUAUUUUAAGAAUGUCGUCCACGUCGCUGGCUAAGAAGAAGUUGGUACUAAGCAAUUUACUGGAGACAGACCACUACGAGAGCCUCAUAAAAGAGUUGACUUGCACGAAAUGCAACAAGUACAUGAAACCGCCCAUAUACCUGUGUGUAGAUGGCCACAGCAUCUGUGGAGUCUGCUACGAUAAGAGCUACCAGUGUCACCUAUGUAAAAAAGAGUUCUCCCAAAUUCGGCCGAUGGUAUUGGAGUCGCUCGCAAACAAAGUGUUAUUCCCGUGCACAAAUGCAGGAUGUCCCAAACAUGCGACCUUGCCUCAGUUGGAGAAACACGCGCCUCACUGUCAGUUCCGUGUCAUAAACUGCUUUAUGUCUAGAGUCUAUGGAGAAUGCCAGUGGGAAGGUCGUGCUGGAGACUGGAUGGACCACUGCUUCACGGACCAUAAGAAGAGGGUCACUGAACUACCCUUCAUCACCGUCAAAGACAGAUGGGACGCGAAGAGGACGGAGCCCGUACUUAACUAUUUCUUACUCAAGUGUUACGAAAAAGUGUUUAAUGUUUAUCAGAUCUAUGAUAAGCGAGGAGGAAGAAUGAUGUGGACAGUUCUUGUAAAUGACGACCAUGCAGACAAAUUUUAUUUUGAAGUAGACAUAUUUCUGCCGGAGGUACCCAGCAAAAGGAUAGUGUACAGACGGCCAUGCAAAUGCGAAAAGGACGCAGACUUUUUAGAACACACACAAAAUGUUUACAUUCCCGUAGAAAACGUAUUCUCCAUGCUUGAUGAGAGUGAAUCAAUGAAUUUUACUGUUAGAAUUGGUGAGGUAGAAAAUUUACCACUUCUAGAAGGUACGCCGACCGAGAGCGAAAGCCUUAUACUAUUACAUCAUGAAGAUAUUAAAGAAAAUGAUCAAUAAUAGGAUUAAACAACAUUUUCAGUUAUAAAUACCUACUACAGUU